CAACAUAAAUGGGCCGGCAGAACGUUGGAUAAGCGAAUAUGUUGGAUAAUAAGGAGAGAUUAAGGAAAAGCCUAUUAAACAUCAAAUUAGGUUAUGAUUUUACAAAUUAAACACCAAAACAUCAUGUUAUACAACAAAUUUGACAGAAAAAGUAGUUCAAUACGCAGCAAUGCUAUGUAGUAAUUACUUUAUUUACGAAUUUAGCACCAAAAUAUCACGAUGUAUUGACUACAAAAAUGUGUUGGAUAAUCCAGAAUGUUGGAUAAUCCAGAAUGUUGGAUAAGUGAGACUCUACUGUAAAUAGAUAGAUAGAUAGAUAGAGAGAUAGAGAGAUAGAGAGAGAGAUAGAGAGAUAGAGAGAUAGUACUCUUACAAUCCAAAAUGUAAAAUCAAAGCAAAUAGAUCCAAAGGGCAAAUGACAACAACAACAGCAAUAACACUUUAUUUAUAUUCUGCUCUAUCUCCCAAAGGGAAUUCAGGGUGGAUCAUAGUACAUGGCAAAUAUUCAAUGUCAUUUGGACAGACAGGACAGAACAGACAGAAAGGAAGUAUAUUGUCCAGUUUCAAUGCUUUGGAGGUUGAGUUUUGAUUCAGUCACAGGGGGGUGCUGUUGCUCAAUUAUCUAUGAUGAAGAGCCAUCAGGACUUCUUCCUUCCCCCUUCGUUUUGGUCAUCACAUUUCUGGUCUUGUUCUUUAUGGAGUCAUAAAAUACCUCCCUCCCUAAUUAGCAGUACCUAAUUUGUCUACUUACAGCUCUAAGCUGUUUUUGAACUGAUUAGGUAAACAGUGAGCUGGGCUUGAUGAUCGAGUGCUCACCCUCGUAUUUAAAAAAUCACAAUACGUAGAAAAAAUAAUCCCAAGUCCUGGUUUGUCACCAAACUACAUUCCCAUGAUUUCAUAGAAUUCAGCCAUGGUAGCUCAAGUGACAUCAAACUGCAUUUAUUCUAUAGUGUAGUUGAUGAUGGGGCCAAGAGAAAGCCUCCCCCUGUUAAUUUGAAAGUUCUGCCAAGUUCCUAUGGGAAUAUAAAGUUAGGAAUUUCUUUAGGGCUUUAUAGCUCAGACUACUGACUAAACCUUUGAAUUGUAACUGGAAAUAAAAUGGGAGACUUGGAAGCUUUUAUUGCAAGGGAAUUAUGUGCUGUCUAUAACUUAGAUAAAAAAUUGCACACAAUACAGAGGAAGGAAAAGAGAGGGUAAAGCUCCCAUGUCCAGGUUCCCGAAAGCACUGCCAGUUUGAGAACUCAGAUCUUGCAGUGCCAGAGCCUAAGUAGAGGCAGAGUCAUCAGAUGAUUUCCAGGAAGGGAAGGUCUGAGAAAUGAAAGUAAAGCCACUAACUCUGUCUGGUCUUCUCAAAGGAGCCUCAGCAGCCAUGGCCACUGGAGACCCUGUCAAGGAGCUCCGUGAGGAAUUGGCCUGUCCCAUCUGCUUGGAGUUUUUCAAGAAGCCCGUGAGCAUUGCCUGCGGACACAACUUCUGCCAAUCCUGCCUGGAUCAGUACAGGAAGGAGAAAGAGGCCUCCUGCCCACAAUGCAGGAAAGAAGUGUUGAAAGAGGACAUCAGGCCAAAUUGGCAACUGAUGAACCUGGUGAAAAUAGCAAAGAAAUUGAGGAGCCAGAAAAGAGAAGAAAAGGGAAGAGUCUGCCAGAAGCACCAAGAACCCCUGAAGCUCUUCUGUAAGGACCAUGAAAGUUCCAUCUGUGUGGUGUGUGACAAGUCAAAGGAGCACGAAAAACACAAGGUGAUUCCUCUGGAUGAGUCAUUGCAAGAGUACAAGGAUCGGAUUUGGAAUUUGCUGAAGUCUCUGAAGAAGGAGAGAGAGGAAAUUCUGGCCUACAAAGCAGACACAGCACAGGAAAGCCAAGAUUUGCUAGAGAUAACCCACAGAGAGAAGGAAAAGGCUGUGGCUGCCUUCAGACACAUGCACCAGUUUCUAGAAGAACAAGAGAGGAAUCUGCUGGCAAAAAUGGAAGAGGUGGAGAAGGAGAUUUCAGCCAAAGGGGAGGAACAUCUGGCCAGACUCUCCGAAGAACUCUCCUCUCUCUCGAAACUCAUCCAAGAGAUGGAGGAGAAGCAUCAGCAGCCGGCAAGUGAACUCCUCCAGGAUAUUGGAAGCUUCAUAAGAAGGUGUCAGAAGAAGGAAAAAUCAGAGUUUCCUGCAGUUUUUCCUCCUGCCCUGAAAUGGAAGAUCUAUGACUUCUGUGAUAUAAAUCCCUUUUUGGAAGGUGUCAUGAAGCAAUGCAGAGAAUCUCUGGAAUCUGGACUUCAGCAGCAAAAAGCACAUGUGACUCUAGAUCCCAAAACAGCCCAUCCUCAGCUCAUCCUCUCUGAAGAUCACAGACGUGUGACAUGGAGGGACGAAUGGCAAGAUCUUCCUGACAAUCCUGAGAGAUUCAAGGAAUAUGAUUAUGUCCUGGGCCUGGAGGGAUUCACAGGAGGCAGGCAUUUUUGGGAAGUGAUUGUGGGGAGUGAGGAAGCAUGGUCUGUGGGAGUGGCCAGAAGGUCUGUGGAAAGAAAGGGCUUACUCUUCUGUGGCACUGAGAGUGGGAUCUGGGAGAUCGGGAAGUGGGACAAUACAUACUGGUCCUCCUCCGACACCUCUGAUAACCCAAUCCUGCCCCCCAGGGAAGAGCCCAAGAGGGUCCGAGUGACUCUGAACUAUGAAGGGGGUCGGGUGGCCUUUUACAAUGCAAACUCAGCAGCCCUGAUGUUGGAAUACCCUUCAGCCUCUUUCUCAGGAGAGACCCUACUCCCCUUCUUGUAUGUGGAUGAAAAAGCCUACCUGGAGUUGUCUCCAUAAGGAUGGAA